AGCUAACACAUGCUAACACAUGCUAACACAUGCUAACACAUGCUGACAUCAGAGCCACGGUGUGUUCUGUCACCGCGCGGGGCUGCGGCUGAUGACGUCAUGCAGGCUGCAGGUAGUCGGUUCUGUUCCGGCUCUGCUCACCUGUCAGCAGGUGACACAUGAUGCUGAAAAACAUCUGGAGCGGCGACAAAGCUAACGGAGCUAACAGCUAACAGUCCGGUUAUUAAUGUCGCUCGUUCUGCUUCCUGUUCUGAUUUUUGUUUGCCGGAAGAAGAAUUACUAACCGUCCACAGAAACCUGUCAGAGUGAGCCCUCCCUCCUCUUCCUCCUCCUCCUCCUCUCUCUGUGUCUCAUAGUAACGGUCACCUGCAGAAACACACCGGGACUCACGGAGCUCACACCGACCGACACACGGACCCCCUGCCCGCCUCCAGGACACCGACCCCCCGCUGCGCCGCCCCGCCGCCCGCCUCUCAUCAAACCCGAUCAAUCGAUACCGGGAUCGAUCGCCUCUGAUGUCCGUCACUGUGGAUCAGAACCGGCGCGUGGCCUGCGGCGGGAUCAGAGGCACCGGAGCAGCCAACGAUGACAUCAGCGCGUGAGAGACCCGAUCCUCCCCGCGUGAGCUGAUCGAUCAUUUUAUCAGGUGUUCCAGUGCUCCCAGUGCUCCCAGUCUGGUCCAGGAUGCUGCCGGCCUCCAUCCAGAUCACGGGGGAGCUGCUGUCGGCGGCGGAGGUUCAGGACAUCUGCGAGAGCCUGAAGGAGGACAGCGUGCGGCUGCUGUCUGUCCGCGGCUGCCAGCUCUCUGACCGCGACUUCGGCCGCGUCUGCCGCAGUGUCGCAGAGUCGCACUCGCUUGCUCAGCUCAACCUGAACCUGGGCGUGGUCUCCAGCAUCAGCCGGACGCGACACCUGGCGGACGCCCUGAAAACCAACCGCUCACUGCAGACGCUGUUUCUCCAUGGCAGCCCGCUGCUGGACGCCGGCCUGGUGACCUUGAACUCGGCCCUGUCGACCCACCCGGCGCUGGUCUGUCUGGAUCUGGGAGACUGCAUGCUGGGAGACGAGGCGCUCGGUCUGAUCUGUGGGAUGCUGCCGCCCGACGGAGCAAAGUCAGGUCUCAGGGAGCUGACUCUGAGCGCUAACCCAGGAAUCAGCUCCAAAGGUUGGGCUCGCCUUGCCAUCGCUGUGGCUCACAGCUCACAGCUCAGAGUGCUCAACCUGGACUACAACCCACUGGGUGAUCAGAUUGCGGGGAUGUUGGCGGUUGCUGUGGCGUCCAGCAGAACUCUGGAGGUUCUGGACCUGGAAGGAACUGGACUGUCUAACCAAUCAGCACAGGUGUUCCUGGACAUGGUGGAGAACUACCCAACCAGUCUGCGGGUCCUGGUCCUGGCGGAGAACGACAUCAGUCCGGAGCUGCAGCAGCAGAUCUGCGACCUGCUGUCUGAAGGAGAGGACGAAGAUGACAGAGAGGCCCCGCCCCUACAGCCAGGCCGCGCCUCCAGCAGCGCCCUGCUGCCGAUCAGAGACAAGUACCAGCCAAUCAGAGACAAGUACCAGCCAAUCAGAGACAAGUACCAGCCCCCCGCCUGGCUCCCCCACAGCAACUCCAGCCCCCAGAUGGUCUUGCUGACAUCAGGUCUAGGUGAGAGCUUAUUGGCUGAGACUGAGAUGUGACCCCUCCCACUCGCACACACACACCCACACACAUGCACACACACACACACCCACACACACGCACACACACUUCCUGUUAAACCUUCACUUUGUUUGGUUUGAAUGUUUGUUUCUCUGCACUGCACUUCUCUGUCAGAUCACCUGAUGGCUAACAGCCAAUCACAUGCUCUGCAUGGUUUGAUGUAGCACCUGUCUAUACACACACACGCACACACACACACACACACAUAUACAGAUGAGUGGCAGCACAAAACUUUAUUAACACACACCAAGUGUCUUACAGACAGACAGGUGUUAGUUCAGUGUGUUUCUGAUGAAUGUAGUUCUGCUCUGUUGGUUCCUUCUGCUGCUCUGAUGUCACAAUUAUUAAACUGUUUACAGCUUCGUAA